CGGGAACUGUAAACAAAAGACCCUUGGGGCGCGGUCGGCGGGAGAUGAAAGAGCGAAACGGUGAUGUUGAGAGCGCGUCUGUAAACAAGGAGGCCACGACCCUACCACUGCAGCUGCAUGUCCCUGAAGCGCAAGUUGCUGCGGCAGGUGGAUCCCUGCAUCCUGCAUCUUGUCCCGCAAUUUGGCAUGAGCCAGGCGUGCCUCUACUGUGCGCCACCCGGAUGCAAGUACGCGCACCGCCACAACACACUCUGUGGAAGUCACUGCGGAGAAGAUGAUAUGAAGGAUGAAAUAAUAUAUUGGCCACUAUACACAAGAACAUUCGUCCGAUUCCGUCUCUGCUCGACGCCCAGCCGCACACCAACCAACCGUUCCGCAACCGUGUCAAAGCCAACACCCGGACGGGCAUUGUUUGGCGUGUUUCAGAUGCCUGCUUUGGUCAUCUCCCUUCGUAUCCCACGGCAGACAGAAUUCUGGUCGCCUCAAUACCCUAGUUACACGCAAAGAGACGCUGGACAAAUUAGGCGCGAUGCCAUAUUAGCUUGUCGAAAUGCAACAGAAGUUUGCACACAUGUGCCAAAGGAUUGUGCUCGAAGCAAUGAGAGGCUGGCGGAAAACGUGAUGAUCCAACGUCGUAAAUGAUGACAUAUAUGUCCAAAGGAAUGUGAGGUUUUGUUUCAGGGUGGAAGAGCUCAAGUAUCGAACUCGUUCUUCUCUUCGUCCGCGUCGUAACAGGUUUCCCAGCAGAGGACCUCGCUCGGGAAAUCGCGCUCCACGCU